CUUUCCAUCAAUGCUUUUGACUAUAACUGUCACUUGGAUCUGAUAAAGCUGCUGCGCCAGGAGGGAGAGCUGGUCAAGCUCAGAAGAGCUCGUCAGAAGAUGAGUGAACUCUUCCCACUUACCGAAGAAAUUUGGCUGGACUGGUUGAAGGAUGAGAUUAAAAUGGCUUCUGAAAGCUCUGAGCGAGAGGAAGUUUAUGAGCUGUUUGAGAGAGCUGUGAAAGACUACAUCUGUCCUGAAAUUUGGUUGGAAUACGCCCAGUAUUCGAUCGGUGGCAUUGGCCAGGAAGGAGGGAUUGAGAAGGUUCGCUCCAUCUUUGAGAGAGCCCUGACGGCGGUCGGGCUGCACGUGACGAAGGGAACAGCCCUGUGGGAGGCGUACCGUGAGUUUGAGAACGCCAUCCUGGAAACGGCACAGCCAGCUCCUGGCAGCGUUCCCUCGCCGGAGCAGCAGCAGAUGCUCUGCAGCCAGCUUGAGAAGAUCCACACGCUGUUCAGGCGCCAGCUGGGGAUCCCGCUGUUGGAUAUGGAGGCUUCAUAUGCUGAAUAUGAGGAAUGGUCGGAAGAUCCGAUACCAGAACCAAUAAUAAAGAAUUACAAAAAAGCUCUACAGCAAUUGGAGAAGUGUAAACCAUACGAAGAGGCACUGCUGGGUGCUGAAACACCAAAGCUAGCGGAAUAUCAAGCUUACAUUGAUUUUGAAAUGAAAGCAGGCGAUCCAGCUCGCAUUCAGUUGAUCUACGAGAGGGCUUUGGCUGAGAACUGCCUUGUGCCAGAUCUUUGGGCGCGCUACAAUCAGUAUUUGGACCGGCAGCUGAGAGUGAAAGAAUUGGUCUUGUCAGCUCAUGACCGUGCUGUUAGGAACUGCCCCUGGACGGUUGGGCUGUGGAUUAGAUACCUUUUGGCGAUGGAGAGGCACAGAGUUGAUCACGGCAUGAUUUCUGAAAUGUUUGAAAAAGCUCUGAAUGCAGGUUUUAUUCAGGCAACGGACUAUGUAGAAAUCUGGCAGGCAUAUCUGGAUUACCUGAGAAGAAGAGUGGAUUUUACACAAGACUCAAGUAAAGAGCUGGAAGAGCUGCGGUCUGCGUUUGCACGUGCUGUGGAGUAUUUGAAACAAGAAGUAGAAGAGCGAUUCAGCGAAAGUGGAGAUCCAUCCUGCACCAUCAUGCAGAACUGGGCGAGGGUUGAGGCCCGCUUGUGUAACAACAUGCAGAAAGCCAGAGAACUCUGGGACAACAUCAUGACUAAAGGAAACGCCAAAUACGCCAACAUGUGGCUGGAGUAUUAUAACCUGGAAAGAGCUCACGGUGACACGCAGCACUGCAGGAAGGCCUUGCACCGCGCUGUGCAGUGCACCAGCGACUACCCCGAGCACGUCUGCGAGGUGCUGCUCACGCUGGAGAGGAUAGAAGGAACAUUGGAAGACUGGGAUGCAGCAGUUCAAAAAACAGAGAACAGAUUAGCUCGAGUUAAUGAACAAAGAGCAAAGGCUGCUGAGAAAGAAGCUGCUCUGGCAAAGCAGGAGGAGGAGAAAGCUGAACAACGAAAGCAGGCUCGGGCAGAAAAGAAAGCUUCCAAAAAGGCUAAAAAAACCAGGGCUGGAGACAAGCGCAAAGCAGAUGACGAUGAUGAGGGUGAAUGGGGACAGGAAGAAGAAGCAGAGCAGCCCAGCAAGAGACACAAGGGAGAUGGCGAUGGCGUGCUUCUGGAAGAAGACAUGGAGGUAGAAACGGGGCUGUUUGGAAGAAGUGGGCCUGAAAAGCCAGCUCUGCCAGCAAACCAGAAGGAAAAGGCAUCUACCAGUCGACGAGACAUCCCCAAAGUUUUACAUGACAGCAGUAAAGACAGUGUUACCGUCUUUGUGAGCAACCUUUCCUACAGCAUGGCAGAUCCUGAAGGGAAACUGAAGGAGCUCUUUGAGAGCUGUGGGGAGGUGGUGGAAAUCCGUCCGGUAUUCAGCAACAAGGGGACUUUCCGGGGCUACUGCUACGUAGAAUUCAAGGAAGAAAAAUCCGCUCUCCAAGCUCUUGGCUUGGAUCGUAAAGUUGUGGAGGGGAGACCAAUGUUUGUUUCUCCAUGUGUCGACAAGAACAAGAAUCCAGACUUUAAGGUGUUCAGGUAUAGCACUACUCUGGAGAAGCACAAACUGUUUAUAUCUGGUUUGCCGUUUUCCUGCACUAAGGAAGAGCUGGAAGAUGUGUGUAAAGCACAUGGCAAUGUGAAAGACAUUCGGCUGGUCACCAACCGAGCUGGAAAACCCAAGGGCCUGGCCUAUGUGGAGUAUGAAAAUGAAGCUCAGGCCUCGCAGGCUGUGCUGAAGAUGGAUGGCCUGACCGUUAAGGAACACGUCAUCAAGGUGGCCAUCAGUAACCCCCCUCUCCGCAAGCUGCCGGACAAGCCCGAGGCAGGCAGAGCCUCGCAGUUUGCAGUCCCUCGACAGAUUUAUGGAGCGCGAGGGAAGGGAAGGACACAGCUUUCAAUGAUGCCUCGUGCGUUACAGCGCCAGAGUAAUCCUGGGGCUAAGGCUGAGAAUGGGAUGGUCCAGAACUCACCAGCAACUUCAUCCGGAGCCCCCGAGGAGCCUAAAAAGAUGUCCAAUGCUGAUUUUGCCAAGAUGCUACUGAAAAAGUGAGCAAAAAAAGUCUGCAAUCAGCGGGUCUGGUAAAAUGUGAAAUGCCUUUCUGGAAGCCAUGUUGUGUCCUUAUGCUAGCAAGGAGAGAACGCCAGUCACAAUCACGUGUAAAUACCGCUCUGGACUGCUGCCUUCAUCGAGAUCAGUGUAGGAUGGUACAAAUCCUGUUUUUUUCCUCUGUUUCCAAGAGCAAAGAGUUGUACUCUGUUCUGGUAAAAUGGCGUUAUAUGAUCCCUCAUAUUGAGGGUAACGAGGGGGGAAAGGCCUCCCGCAGAGCUUGGAUGCCGCAUCAAGUUUGACGAAUCCUUGACAACUAUUUCUCUUUCAUUCACGACUGAGAUGCCGUGUG